GGGGGAUAAAUCAAAGCGGAGGCAGAGGUUAGUUAUGGUCUCUCUGAGCUGGACGCGAUGAAGUGGCUCUGCGGGAGUUUCAGGGUUUAAGACCGCAGAAGGAGGAGAGCUGGGCGGACGGAGGGACGCAGGGAGGUACGAGGAAAGGGGGCACCACCAACACCAACACCUUCACCAGCGCCGCCGCGGCCAGAGCGCACAGCACAGUCCCCAACCCCCUUGACGCAGUGAUGGAGAGCCCGAGAGCGCACGGGAUAACGCGGCUCGAACCCAGAAACCGGAGCGGAGAGACCACCGAGAGGACGGACAUGAGGACUCACCGACACCGGGGACACCUCCACCUGCAGCGGACUGUGAUUUUCCUCGUGGCGCUGACGAUACAACCGCAGGCUGUUUUGGCUGCGGGGAAGUUCGAACUUCAGAUCCGCCACUUCCAGAACCCACACGGCCUCCUGGAGACCGAAGACUGCUGCGACCUCCAGAGCAGCGGGGGACAGCGCUGCUCUGCCAGGGACCAAUGUGACACUUUCUUCCUAGCCUGCCUCAAGGAGUACCAGGCCCGGGUCGCCUCAACCGGAACCUGCACCUUCGGGUCAGGCAGCACAGGGAUCCUGGGUGGAAACUCCCAGUCGCUCCGCCACAGAGGACACGACGGAGGAGGAGGAGGAGAAGAUGGGACUAAUGGACACAUUGUCAUUCCCUUCAAAUACGCUUGGCCGAAGUCCUUCUCUCUCGUGUUGGAGGCUCUGGACUACGAUAACGACACAGCAGAGUCAGGCCAGUUAAUUGAGCGAGUCCUCCUCUCCUCCAUGUUGAACCCCGGUGAACAGUGGCAGGCGUAUCGCCACCACGGACCGGUGCUCACUCUAGAGUACCGUCUUCGCUUCCGCUGUGACACCAACUACUACGGACCUUUCUGCAACAAACUCUGCCGAGCCCGCGACGACUUCUUCGGUCACUUCAGCUGCGACCCCAGCGGCUCCAAGGUCUGCAUGGAGGGCUGGACGGGGCCCGAGUGCAAAGAAGCGGUGUGCAGGCAGGGGUGUCAUCAGGUCCACGGCUCCUGUACUGCACCAGGAGAAUGCACGUGUCAUUACGGCUGGAAAGGUCUUCUGUGUGACCAGUGUGUGACGUUCCCCGGCUGUGUGUACGGGAGCUGCACCGAGCCCUGGCAGUGUGUGUGUGACGUCAACUGGGGAGGACUGCUCUGUGACAAAGAUCUGAACUACUGUGGCACCCACCAGCCCUGUAAAAAUGCUGGGACCUGCACCAACACGGAGCCCAACGAGUACAAGUGUGAGUGCCAGGACGGUUUCAGAGGACGUACCUGUGACAUUGUGGAACAUGCGUGUUUGUCGUCCCCAUGUAUGAACGGAGCAACAUGUGUGGAAGAUCAAACAGGCUUCAGCUGCAUCUGCACCGACGUCUGGACCGGAAACACCUGCACUGAUGCGGUGAGGCAGUGUGAUCGGAGCCCUUGCGGACGCGGAGCGACGUGCGAGGAGACUCCUGGAGGUUACAGAUGUCUCUGCCCGCCUGGAUGGACUGGCAGGACGUGUCAGCUGGACACCAAUGAGUGUGAAAUUAAUAUCUGUGUUCACGCCCGCUCUUGCCGCAACCUGAUCGGUGGAUACCUGUGUGACUGCCUCCCUGGAUGGACGGGUCCUAACUGUGACAUCAGGAACAGCAGCUGUCAGGGUUUGUGUUUGAAUGGAGGACGUUGUGAGGACCAGGUGUCGGGGUCCAGAUGCUGGUGUCCGCCUGGUUUCUUGGGGAAAUAUUGUCAAAAUGGUCCAAGUCCAUGUCUCAGCGCCCCCUGUCUCCACGGGGGACAGUGUGUGGAGAGGGAUGGAAAGAUGGUCGCUUGCAACUGUCCCAUGGGAUUCUCAGGGACCUUCUGUGAGAUGGUGUUGGAUCUGUGCAAUCCCAAUCCCUGCCAACAGGGAGUGACCUGUCACAGCACCGAAGGCAGGUACAUGUGUGCCUGUCCUGAGGGUUACUAUGGUAACGAGUGCGCAACUCUCAGAAAUCCCUGCAUUGGUCAACACUGUCCAGGUGCCAUGUCUGACACGCCACACGGGGGCAUCAGCUUCUACAUGAUCCUGGUGGGCGUCUUAGCGUUAGUGACCGUCUGUGGCUGUGCUGCCUGCGCCUUCAUCCUUUCCCACCUCCAUCGAAAGCGGAAAAAGCAGCAGGCCGUCCCGCAGGAAGAGGGCAUCAACAACCAGAGGGAGUUUGUCAACCUCAUCAGAAACGUGGACCGUCCCGUGCCCCUCCUGCCGCCUGCCGCCCCUCUCACGCAACCCCUCGCCCCCGCCCCUGUCUCACGCUGCUACGAGGAGAUUGAACUGACCCUGCCGCCCUCCCCGGCCCCCUCGCACCCGUCGCCCGUGCUAAAGCCUGUCCAUGCUGCCAAACUGGACAUUUCCAACCGCGACAGGGAGAAGUUGAACCGCUUCCACUACUCGGACAACCAGGAACUGGAGGUCUGACCGUUGACCUCUGAGGCAUGUGAGGAGCUUUUUUUAAUUUUAUUUUUACGUCCUCUGCACUCUUUCGCUCACAGGGCCCUGUCUCCAGAUGCUGCCACUAUAUCACAGUUGCAGUUAUGAAAACGGGACGACCCUUUGACCUUUACGUGCUCAGAUGGCAGACACCUGAGAAGCAAAGGCUGCUAAGUGGAGGGGUCAAAAGUCUUACUUCGUCUCUGAGCCGAUUUUGACGACUGUGAGAAGCAGCGAAUGCACAAUGUUUGACUGAAAGACUCUUCAGGCUCUUGAAUUAAUGUGGAGACGUGAAGACUGGAGUGCCUGACGUGCUGCGGAGAGGAAACAGAGGAUCAUCCUCUGCAGGAGCCUCUCAACAUGUUUCCUGGUCCAUGAUGCCACGAUGACUGGUGUUCAGACCUCCAUUUCUGUUUCAGACUGAUAUCAGACAGACCGAGCAAUGAACGGAUGUUUAUUUAACACAGUGUGUUUCUGUUUCUGGUUGUUCGUAAGUGUGUGUGUGUGAGUGAGAAAGAGAGAGUGUAUAAUAUGAGUGUGUGUGAGGGGAAAAAAAGAAAACAAAGUUGAUAUACUUGUGAAAAGAGAGUGCGUACUCCUGAACUUCUGAAAAACUGUUUUCAAACUAUACACUGUUGCCUGCAUUGUCUCUGUGAUACUACAGUAUGUUAAAGAUGUAUGAUUGUUUCAUACCUGAGUGUAAAAUAGCUUUUUGUACAUAAAUAUAUUGUACAUAUUGAUGCUCUUUUUGUACUGUGGUUUGGUCUGAAAUCAUUUCUGUACUACUUUGCUCUAUUUGUCCCAGUUCACUUUCCCUCUGGAGCAAACAGCACAUGUGGGUUGUAAUAAAGGAGCAUUUACCAACUCUA